AUGCACGCCCAGGUCAGCAGCGUCCCCAUACAAGUCCAAGUAUACUGCAAGUCCAAGUAUACCAGCGGGCCGACGCCAAUCACGGCUCCUUUAGGCGCCAGCGCGCCAGCAGAGCGUGCGAAAGUCCGCUGCGAUGCCGCCUCGCUCGGCAUCCCGUGCACAAACUGCACUGCCUUUGGCAUCGAGUGCCGCAUCCCCCAGCCCAAGCGCAAGAAGACGCAGGCGGCCCGCGCAAAGGAUGUCGACAGUGAGCGCGGAGACAGCGACGACCGCUCCCCCGCCAGCACCUCGGUCGACGCGCGCGAGAGAGCCACGGCAUUCAGCGCCGAGGACGGCACCCCCUCGACCACGGUCUCGUCGGCCUAUGCCGCCCAGCAGGCCACGCACAACGGCACUUACGCCCAGUUCAUGAAGCCCAAGUUCGCCCGCGCCCCCAUCAAGGAAGCCGGCCGCGUCGCAUAUCUCGGCGAGUCGUCCAACCUGUCGCUGCUCGUCCACGACCGCUAUGGCACCACCGACGUCGUCCACUACCCCCUGCCCGAGAAUGUGCGCGGCGCCAAAGCCCGCGUCAACGAGAUGGACAACAUGGAGAUUGAGAUACUGCACCAGCGCGGCGCCUUCCUGCUGCCCCCGCGCGCCCUGUGUGACGAGCUUGUCGAGGCCUUUUUCAAAUGGGUGGCCCCCGUUGUCCCCGUCAUCAAUCGCAGCCGCUUCAUGCGCCAGUACCGCGACCCCAAGAACCCGCCUUCGCUUCUUCUGCUGCAGGCCAUUCUGCUCGCCGGCUCGCGCGUCUGCACAAACGCCCAGCUCAUGGACUCGAGCGGCUCGACCACGCCCGCUGCCAUGACCUUUUACAAGCGCGCCAAGGCCCUCUAUGACGCCAACUUUGAAGACGACCGAGUCACCAUCGUCCAGGCCCUCAUUCUCAUGGGCUGGUACUGGGAAGGCCCCGAGGACGUGACCAAGAACGUCUUUUACUGGACGCGAGUCGCAAUCGUCGUCGCCCAGGGCUCAGGCAUGCACCGCAGCGUCGAGGGCUCUCAGCUCUCCCGCUCCGACAAGCGCUUGUGGAAGCGCAUCUGGUGGACCUUGUACAGCCGAGACCGUUCGGUGGCAGUCGCGCUUGGCAGGCCAGUGGCUAUCGACCCCGAAGACUCGGAUGUCGAGAUGGUCUCGGAAGAUGACUUUAUUGACGAUGAGACGGAUCACCCGGCUGAAUAUCCGCCAGAUCCCGUGCACGUGCAGUUCUUCAUCAACUAUGUCAAGCUGAGCGAGAUCAUGGGCCUGGUGCUCUCGCAGCAGUACUCGGUGGCGUCGAAACAUCGCAGAGGAAACGCCAUUGACCUCACACACAGCGACAUGGCGCUUGCAGACUGGCUGCAACACUGCCCACCAGAAGUGCAAUGGGACCGCAGCCGCCACCACUUCUGGGCUGCCUUGCUCCACUCCAACUACUACACCACGCUCUGUCUUCUGCAUCGGGCGCACAUGCCGCCGGCAGGCUCGCCAAAGGCAAACCACUUGGACGGCUUCGGCGAAGAGCAUACCUAUCCUUCGAGAAACAUUGCCUAUCAAGCGGCCGCCAUGAUCACGUCCAUCAUUGAGAACCUUCGAGCCCAUGACGAGAUUCGCUUCACGCCUGCAUUCAUCGUGUACAGCUUGUUCUCGGCACUCAUCAUGCAUGUGUAUCAGAUGAAAUCCUCAAACAAAUCCAUCGUCUCGGCAACGGAGCAGCGCUUGCAGAUUUGCCUGGAUGCACUGAAGGAGGUUUCAAAGGUCUGGCUCGUUGCAAAGAUGGUUCACACUCUGUUCGAGUCUAUUCUCGGUAACAAGCACCUAGAGGAACGUCUACAGAAAGCCGCGGGUAGAAACCACAAGAAAAACAAGGUCCCUUCCGUGCCGGCCCCACCCCCGCCAAAGCCUGUUCAGGAAUCGACCAAGCGCAAGUUUGACGACAUGGACCUAGGCUUCCCUGUUCCGAGUGGGCCUCCCGCGGCCCAGGUAUCGUACGAACGUUCAAGGCCACAGACACCUGCAGUCACACCUUCGCGCGACCUGCAGCCCCAACAGCAGAUGCCUCAGAUGACUACAGGGUCGCCGCAAAUGAACCGCCAAAACCAAGAUGCCUUCAUGGGACCCUCACGCUCUGGAACGCGUCCCACAACCCCGUUCAAUCCAUCUUACUCGUACCCAGGCACACCACCCGACCUGUUCUUAGUCACCCGCGACACGCCAAACAUCAGCCAGGAGGUCUGGCAAAAUUUCCAGCCAGACCAACUGUUUCCUGCCGACACACAAGUCAAUUUUCCGCAAAUGUCACCAAUGCAGAACCAAAGCCUUGUGGAUCCCGCGUUAAGUCAGCCCCAAAGCAUACCCAUGCCUCAACAGGCUGCGGGUAGUCAGCAGGCCAACGUAAGCAUGGUGGGAUACGAGCCGAACCACACUCAGGCUUGGCAGCAACAAAUGGAGAUGAUGUCUCAAAAUCAGCAGCAGCAUGGUGGACAGGACGAUGCUUGGAGCAACAGCUCUGGAGGCCGACACAACCCCAUUGUUCCCAUGAGCUUGAAUGUGGAUGACUGCGUCCUUUGGCUUUCGGAACCUCCAACUUCAUGCACGCGAGACGGGGACAAUGACAUCGUGAUCUCGACAUACCCACGCACCCACGAGUCGGCUAGCAAUACGGUAAUCAGGUUCGUGAACAAUCCCUCAACCGGCAUCCCUUCCAUGUUCCAAGCACAACAAAAUCCAGGCCGUGGGGCUCCCCUAGGCGCGAAUCGGUUACAAAACGGCAAGAUGGGAGGCGCGUCUCAAUGGGGGUUUGGAGCACCCAUGGGCGCCCCAGGACUAUCCAACGCGCAAACACGGACAAACAACGGUGCCAUGUCAAGCUUCGCACAAGCAAUGGGUGGUUCGCAGCCACAUACGCCGCUCAACCUCGAGGAGUUCCCCUCAUUAUCAGGCGCACCACAGACGCAGCAAAACACGUCUGCGCAGCAGAUGUGGGCCAACCCGACUCUGCGAACCACGCAGCAGAAUCAACAGAACACCAUAGGACGGCCACAAGGACAAGGUCAACAGCAGGGCCAGGGACAGGCUGGGCAAGCUGCGAGCCAGCAACACCAGAAUCAGGGCCAGGAUGACUCAUCGCAAAGUCAGUUUUCGGGAGCCGGUGAUGACUAUCGGUUUGGUGGACAAGGUGGUGUCGGACAACUCGGAGGCGUCCAGCCACAGACUGGCAACAUUGAGGAGUUUCCCCCAUUAGGCGGUGCUGGCGGAGACAUUGCUCCAGACCGAAGAGCAGGGUUGAUACAAAAUGCCGCGGCAUUCGGUACCAAUACGAACAGCGCGUUUCCCGGACUCGGCCAAACACGGAAUGGCCUCUCGAGCCCGACAGACAGCCAACAAGAUCGAAGCAUUAACCCCACCGUGGGUGGGAGGGGGCUUCCGGGUGCAGGUAAGCAACUGUCAAACGGCGAGAGAUUUCAGUCAUUCACACAGUUAGCAUCACGAACGCCCUUUGAGAAUAUGCGAGCAGGUAAUACAUCACCAGCAAUCAUUAAAGAGGACGGGCCCCAGAUAGGCAUGCGGACUGGCGGCGACCUUGCUCCAGGCGCUCAACGGCCUGGACAAAACCAGUUCGAGCAGACAUUUGGAACAGAGGGCCUCGGUUCGCCAAAUGCGCAGAGUAUGCCACACAAGAAGCUGUCAGAGAUGACCGACUCGGAACGAUACGGCUUGCCUGGACUGCUUUCUAUGAUUCCAAUGGAGAGCCCCGACUAUUCCACCUUAGCCAUGGGCCAAGAUCUAACCGUUCUAGGCUUGGACCUCAGCCGGCCUGAUAACUCACCAUUACAUCCCACUUUUGGCUCACCAUUUGUGGAAUCCAACGUCAAGCCAGUAAUACCACCGGAUUUUACACUACCGGCAGCAUACACCGUGACCAAUGUACCGCCACUUCAUACAAAGAUGACCAGCUUCUCGGCAGAGACUCUUCUCGCAAUAUUCUACCAAUAUCCGAGGGACAUUCUGCAAGAGAUUGCUGCACAAGAACUGUACAACCGCGACUGGAGGUGGCAUAUCAAGCUCCAGCAGUGGAUGAUGAAAGACCCAGAUCUCCCAGCGCCUAUUCGACUUUCACCAAAGGAGGAGCGGGGUUGGUAUCUCUUCUUCGAUGUCAACAACUGGAGAAGAGAAAGGCGAGAGUUUGAGCUCAACUACGACCACCUGGACCAACGCCACGGCAGCCCUGCAAUGGCAGGACAGAUGUAG